AUGCAGGCACCUGAUCAAGAUUCACUGAGAGAUAUAUUAAAAGAUGAGCAAAAAUUCUGGCACUCUAAAAUAACUGAGCAAAUCGAUUUGCUGGACCGUAAAAGACGUGAAAACAAGGUUGCUAGUGCUGACGAUAUUCAAGUUCUAAGAUUUCUGAUGAAAAAAAUUGAGGAUUCAGAAAAUGCAGAUUAUUGCAAACUUUCUUCUAAAAACGAUUGUGUAGUUAUCACUGGAACAACGGGAUCAGCCGUCAAUUCAAACCAUUCAACCACAUCAAAACCGCCGACUUCUGAGCCAAAAUCUACAAUGGAAGCAACAUCUACAGUCUCAUCACCUUUAAGAAAAGCUCCACCUCCACCUCCACCAAGACGCGAGAAAGAGCCAUCACAAAAACGAAAGCGGGACGAUUCCCAAGAGUUUGACUUAGCGAAGAAACUUUUUCCGAACUCAAACAAGAAAUCAAUGCCUUCAAAGAAGUCAAACGAUACUCAUCAAAAACGGAAAGAUACUACGCAACAAUUUCAUGAAAUUCAAGAUAAAGCUAAGAAUCAAGUCAUCGAUCAUCCGAAAAUCCUCCAAAUCGAGCCUAAAGGACCGAUCAGUCGUAAUUUCUUGAUUGCGGAAAAGUUGAUCGAUGGAAACUGGCAGUCGCGGCAGUACAAUGGAGCAAGUGUUCGUACUUAUGAUGAUUUAAUCUCAGUGACUUGUCCAAAUUUUAGCCGUGCAUUAGGUAGCAAAUGUUCCGCGAAGCAUGUUCUAGCUAUUCUCAAGCCAAAAGAAAUGAUUCGAUCAUACGAGUCGACUGACGGUCGCCAGCGACGCCGACUUGAAUUCACAAGCGAGUCAAUCAAUGAUCCAAGUAAUUAUAAAAUUAUUCCUGGAGAUCGACAGAAUCACACAUGCACUAUUCCUCAUGAGAAACUGUCAGAUGAGGAGGAUCACAAUAACAAAGCUUCAAACUCGCAGAGCCAUGGAGAAAGAUCUGCUAUUAAACAAGAAAUCUAG